AUGGGAUCAAGUAAUUUUCCGAGGUUCAGGUCUGAUUUCAGCUUUACAAAUUCUGAAGAUCGUCUUUUUCUCCGAGAAUCAUUAGAAACUGUAGCCAGUUCCUUGACAUUUACUGCAAAUGACAUCUGUAUAGAAGAGAGGGGCAGUGAGUGUCUGGAAGAUGCAUGGAAUGAGAACAAUUUGGAGAAUUAUAGUGAGGAAAACAUGGAACAAUUGCAGAAUAAUAGCCAAGAAAUAGAAUACGAAAAUCUUUAUAUAUCUGAUGAGAUAAGGAAUCAAAUCAAUGAAAAGAAUAAAAAGGCCUUGGAAGCCCUAGCUAAAGUUGAACUUCAAAAAGCUGUUGAUCUAUUCUCUGAAGCUAUUGAGUUCAACCCACACAUUUCUAGUUCUUACAUCAACCGUGCCAAUGUCUAUCUGCAAUUGGAAAAACCAAAUGCUGCUAUUAAAGAUUGCAAUAUAGCCAUUGAACUGAAUCCCAAAUCAUCAGAAACAUUAAAAUUGAGAGGAAAAGCAUUCAAGAAAUUAGGCUGUUUAAAAAAAGCAGCCCAUGAUUUUGUUUUAGCUUCUAAGCUAGAAUAUGAUAAAGAGGCCAAUUCAGUACUAAAUGAAUUAAAAUCAGGAUUUCAAAGAAUUUCUGAAAGGCAAGCGAAGUGCAUCCUUACAUAUAAGAAAUCUGAGAUACUGGAGAAGAUUAAGAAAGCACAGAUAAUUUUAGAGGAUCAAAAACAAGACCAGAGAGAGGAAAGUAUUAGCAUAGAACUGGAGAACAAAGUAGCAAGGAAUAAAGAAGAGAAAGUGAAGCUAGACCAUAAUAAAGACUCCCAGGAAAUAAUAUAUGAAAAUGUGCAGACAGAUGAGAAAUGGAAGCAGACGAGUGAAAACAAGAAAGCAGCUUUGGAUGCAAUGGAGAAAGGUGAAUAUAAAAAAGCAGCUGAGUUAUUCACCAAAGCUAUCAAACUAAACCCCCAUAUUACUAACUUGUAUAUUUGCCGAGCCAGUUCUUUUCUGAAACUUCAUAUGCCAAUUGCUGCUAUAAAGGAUUGUAACAAUGCCAUAAAAUUAAAUCCUGGUGUGGCCUUACCAUACAAGUGCCGUGGAGAGGCAUUUUGCAUGUUGGGUUAUUGGCAGGAGGCUACUAAAGAUUUCUCUGUGUCCUGUCAACUAGAUUAUGAUGAAGAUACUUAUGCCAAGAUGAAAGAAAUGCAAACAGAAAAUGAGAAAGUUAUUAAAUGGUGGACAAACCCAGAUGAAAGAAGUAAUCAGAGAGAAUUUAAAGAGAAGAUAAGCAAAAUGAAAGAAGCUUCUGGGAAAACACAAGGAAAUGAUCCCCAAGAUAAAUCAGUUAUUCAUGAGUCUUGCAAAAAAGAACUGGAUCCAAGAACAUUUCACAUUUCUGAGGAAAAAACAAUUCUGCAUAAUUCCCAAAACUAUAAAAUAUUCCCUCUUUAUUGUUCAGAGGGUCAAAAUGAAACUUAUCCCAUGUCUGCAGUACAAGACCAAGAUCAGUUUAUGGAUUAUGAAAAACAAGAGCACGUUGAACUGCAUGAAAGAAGGGCUCAGAAAGGACCCACGAGGAAGCAAAAAUAUGAAACCGAAUCAGAAAGUGAGGAUAGUGAAUUGGAAAUUGAUACUGAAGAAGUUAUUGAGUCAGAUGAAGAUUUUCCUCAGGAGAUGGGAAAUGAAAAUUUGAAAGUAACUGAUGAAAUGAGAAAACUAGCCAAUGAAAAGAAGAGAGAAGCUUUUGAUGCAGUCAAUAAAGGAGAACUUUUUAAAGCUUUAGAUUUGUUCACAGAAGCUAUUAAGCUCAAUCCACAUCUUACUAUCUUAUACGCAAACCGAGCCAGGGUCUAUCUGAAGCUACAAAAGCCAACUGCUGCAAUUAGGGACUGUGAUAAAGCCAUACAAAUAAACCCUGACUCAGCCCAGCCCUACAAGUGGCGAGGAAAAGCACUGAAAAUACUUGGUUACUGGCAAAAGGCAGCUAAAGACCUUGCUUUGGCCUGUCAAUUAGAUUACGAUGAAGAAUCCUAUGCUUUGCUAAAAGAGGUACAACCAAAGGCUCAGAAAAUUGCCAGGCUCAGGAGAAAGCAGGAACAGAAAGUUGAUGAAAAGAAGAAUAAGAACGAGCUUGAAAAAGUCACAAAAAAAACCCUGGAAGAACAAGAGAGAGUUCAGCAGCAAGCUCUUGAAGAACAGGAAAAAGCACAAGAGGCCCUGGAUGCUCUGGAAAGAGCACAUAACAGGGCUUUGGAAGAACAAAAAAAAGUCCUUAUAGCUGCAAUGGAAGAACAGGAGUACGCUCAGAGAAAGUCGCAGGAAGAAAAAAGGAUGACUGAGGCAGCUUUAGAAAAACUUGCAGAAGCUCAAAGAAAGGUCCAAAAACAGCAGGAAAGAGCUGAGAGGCAAGUUAAAGAAGAAAGAGAGAAAGCACAAAGAGCUUUAGAAGAAUUAGAGAUUGCUCAGAAAAAGGCUUUGGAAGAUAAGAAAAAAGCUGAGAAAACUCUGGAAACUGUAGAAAGAGCCCACAGACAGGCUUUAGAGGAACAAAGAAAAAUGCAGGUGGUUGCUGAACAACAGCAAGCAAAAGAAAGUUACCUAGAAGAAAAAAAGCUGACUGAAGCCACCAUGAAACAACUUUCAAGGAUGCAAAAAGAAUUUUAUGAGGGACAAGAAAGUUCAGAAAAGAAAGCAGUAAAAGAGAGAGAAAGUGGUCAGAAAGCCAUAGAAGAAUUGGAAAUUGCUAAAAAGGCAGCCCUAGAGGAACAAGCAAGAGCUCAAAAAGCUCUAGAAACUUUAGAAAAAUCUCAUAUGUGGGCAUUAGGCCAACAGAAGAAAGCACAGGAAAAUAUUCUAAAAGAAAUGUUGAUGGGAGAAGUAGCUGAGGAACACUUCUCAGCAGUUCAGAACAAAGUCCAAGAAGGGGGAAAGAAUUGGAAGGUGGCCAAAGAAGAAAGAGAAAGAACUGAUAAAUCCCUAGAAGAAUUAGCUCUGGAAAACUUAGAAAUUGGUCAUAAAAAGGCCUUAGAGGAAAAAAAGAAAAUAUAUGAAGAAAAAAAGGAGUUGGUGGAAGAAGCUCUGGGAAACACUUCUGUGGCUCAGAUAAAGGAACAGGAAAAGCAGAAAAGAUCUGAGAAAAAGGUAAUGGAAGAAAGUCAGAAUGCACAAAACACUUUAAAAGAAUCAGAGAUUCUUCAGAGGAAAACUAUAAUGGGACAGGAAAGACAGAACAUAGGUAAGACCCUCAAAGAAUUAGAGAUUUCUGAAAAUAAAUUUCUGGAAGAUCAAGACAGAGAUCAGAAUGCUCUGGAAGUAGUAGAAAUAGCAAAAAUGACAGCGUCAGAACAAAACAUAGCAUUAAUGGAAGUACAAGAACAAACAAGGGGGGGGAAUCCAGAAAAUAAGUCUGAAGCUGAUCUGGAAGAAAUAUCCAUGGCUCACAGAAAAAUCCAAAAAGAACAGAGAAGAGGUAACAGAAACAUCAUUGAGGAAAGUGUGCAAAUAUCAAAGGCCCUUAAAAAAGUUGAAAAUGUGCAAAAUAAUUUCCUAGAGGAACAAGAAAGUGACCAAGGCACUCUGGAAAUUAUAGAAAAUGCUCACACAAAGAUUCUGAAAGAGCAAAAAGGUGUUCAGACAGCAUUGAUGGAAGGGCCAGAACAAAUAAGGGGAAAAAUUCAAGAAGAAAAGAAGAUGGCUGAGGUAGCCCUGGAAGAGCUUUUCAGAACUCAAAAAAAAAUUCAAGAAGAGCGAGAAGAAGCUGGUAAAAAAAUGCUGAAAGAAAGAGAGAUCAUACAAAAGGCCCUUGAUGAAUUGGAGAUUGCUAAAAAGAAAUGUCUUGAGGAACAGGAAAGAGCUCAGAAUGCUAUGGAAGCUUUAGAAAGGACUCAUAUAAAAGCCCUGGAGGAACAGAAGGAAGCUCAGAGAGAAGAAAAGAAGAUGGUUGAAGUAGCCCUGGAAGAGCUUUUCAGGAAUCAGAAGAAGUCCCAGGAAGAGCAGGUAAGGGCUCAGAUGAAAGCAAUGGAAGAAAGAGAAGCUAUACAAAAAACCCUAAAAGAAGUAGAAGUGAUGCAAAACAAAGUCCUAGAAAAAGAGAAAAGAACUCAGAAUGCAUUGGAAGCUGUAGAAGAAAUGCGUAAACAGGCUUUAGAGGAGCUGAACAAAGCUAAGAGAACUGCCACAGAAGAACAGGAACAAGAAUGGAAAAGAAUUCAGGAAGAAAAGAAAAUAGUUUUGCUGGCCCAGGAAGACCUUGUCAAGACUCAGAAGACAGUACAAGAAGAGAGACAAAGGGCUGAAAACAAAGCAGCAGCAGAAAGACAGUUAGCUGACAAAAACCUUAAGGAAUUACAAAUUGCUCAUAAGAAAGCACUGGAAGAACAGGGGAAAGUUCAGAAAGCUUUGGAAGAUGUAGAAAAAGCUCAUAAAAAAGUGUUGGAAGAACAAAAGAAAGCUCAAAUGGCUGUGAUACAAGAACAGGAAAAAAUUUGGAAAAAAUCUGAAGAAGAAAAGAAGAUGGCUGAGGAAGCCUUAGAAAAAUUGUCAAAGAUUCAGAGACAGAUUCAAGAACAGCAGGAAGAAAAAGCCUCUGAAAGAAAUGCUCAGGAAGCCUUAAAAAAAUAUGAGUUUGCUCAAAAAGUGGCUAUGGAGGAACAGGAAAGAGCAGCAGAAGCUCUGGAAGCUGUGGAAAAAGCUCAUAAACAGGCACUGGAGGAACAGAAGAAAUCUCAGAUGGCUGCCAUAGAAGAACAAGAAAAACUGAGGAAAAGGUCUGAAGAAGAAAAGAAGAUGGCUGAAGCUGCCCUAGAAGAAGUUUUCAAAACUCAGAAGAAACUCCAAGAAGAACAGGAAAAAGCUGAAAAAACAGCAAUGGAAGAGAGAGAGAAAGUUCAGAAGAAUCUAGACGAAUUACAAACUAUUAAAAAAAAAGUCCUUGAGGAACAGAAACAGGCUCAGAAGGCUCUGGAAGAAGUAGAAAUAACUCAUCGACGGGCUAUGGAGAAGCAGAAGGCAGCUCAUGUGGCAGCCAUGAAGGAACAGGAGCAAGGAUGGGAAAAAAUGAAAGAAGAAAAGCAAAGGAUGAAGGCAGCUCUGGAAGAGCUUUUAAGGACACAGCAACAGUUCCAAAAAGAGCAGGAAAUGGCUGAAGAGAAAGCAAUGCAAGAAAAAAAGAUAGCUCAAGAAACCCUUGGAGAAUUAGAGAUUGCUCAAAAACAAGCUCUUGAAGAACAAAUGAGAGCUCAAGAAGCUUUGGAAAAUGUAGAAAAAGCUCAUAAACAGGUAUUACAAGAGCAAAAGAAAGCUCAGAUGGCUGCCAUUGAAGAAUGUGAACAGGCACGGAAAGAAGCGGAAGAAGAAAAGAAGAGGGCUGAGGCAGCUUUAGAAAAACUUGCACAAGCUAAAAUGAAAAUGCGAGAGGAAUAUAAACAGGCUGAGAAGAAUGCAAUGCAAGAAAGAGAGAAAGCUCAGAAGGCCUUAGAAGAAUUACACAUUCUUCAAAGGAAAGCCAUUGAGAAAAAGAAUCAGAGUCAGCAGUCCCUGGAAGCAGUAGAAAUAGCUCAUCAACAGGCUGUGGAGGAGCAGAAAAAGGCUCAUCGGGAAGCCAUGGAGGAACUGGAAAAAGAAUGGGAAAAAAUGAAAGAAGAAAAGAAAAGGAUGGAGGCAGCAGUGGAAGAGUUUUUAAGGAUACAACAACAGUUUAAAAAAGAGAAGGAAAUGGCUGAAGAGAAAGCAAUACAAGAAAAAAAGAUAGCCCAAAAGACCCUCAGAGAAUUAGAGAUUGCUCAAAAACAAGCUCUUGAAGAACAAAUAAGAGCUCAAGAAGCUUUGGAAAAUGUAGAAAAAGCUCAUAAACAGGCACUACAAGAACAGAUGAAAGCUCAGAUGGCUGCCAUUGAAGAAUGUGAACAGGCACGGAAAGAAGCAGAAGAAGAAAAGAAAAGUGCUGAAGCAGUUUUAGAUAAACUUGUACAAGCUGAGAUGAAAAUGCAAGAGGAACAUAAGCAGGCUGAGAAGAAUGCAAUGCAAGAAAGAGAGAAAGCUCAAAAGGCCCUAGAAGAAUUAAAGAUUGCUCAGAAAAAGGCCCGAGAGGAGCAGAUAAGAGCUCAAAAUGCCCUGGAAGCAAUAGAAAAAAGUCAUAAACAGACUUUAGAGGAACAAAAAAAAGCUCAAAUGGCUGCAUUGGAAGAACAGGAACAAGCAUUUAAAAUAUCUCAAGAAGAAAGGAUGAGAGCUGAAGCAGCCCUGGAAAAACUGUCACAAUACCAAAAAAAAGUCCAAGAAGAGCAGGAAAAGGCUGAAAAGAAAGUCCUAAAAGAAAAAGAGGAAGCACAAAAGGCUCUCCAAAAAUUAGAAAUUGCUCAGAAGAAAAUGUUAGAGGAACAGAAGAAAACUCAGAUGUCUGCCAUUGAAGAACUUGAGCAAGCACGGAAAAAAUCUGAAGAGGAAAAGAAGAUGGCUGAGGUUGCUUUGGAAAAACUGUCAAGCAUUGAGAGAAAAAUUGAACAGAAGAAAGCCAUAGAGGAAUGUACAAAAGCUCAAAAAACUCUGGAAGCUCUUGAAAAAGCUCAAAAAGAGGACCUGGAAGUACAGAUGAAAGCUAAAAUGGCUGCCAUCUAUGAACAGGAGCAAGCACGGAAGAAAUCUCAAGAAGAAAAAAAGAUGGCCGAAGCUGCUUUGGAAAAUGUUUUAAGAGCUCAGAAAAAACUUCAAGAAGAGCAGGAAAUUGCCAGGGGGAAAAUUAUGGAAGAAAAAGAGAAUAUACAGAGGGGCCUCAAAGAAUUAGCAAUUGCUCAAAAGAAAGCACUCGAGGAACAGGAAAGAGCUCAGAGUGCUCUAGCAGCUAUAGAAAGAUGUCAUAAAAUGGCCCUGGAAGAUCAAAGAAGAGCUCAGAUAGCAACAAUGGAAGAACGAGAACAAACAAGGAAAAAAAUUCAGGAAGAAAGGAAGAUAGCUGAAGCAGUCUUGGAUGAACUUUUAGAAACUCAGAGGAGAUUCCAAGAAGAGAAGAAAAUGAGGAAAGUUCAGUUAGCUAUUCAAGAACAAGAGCGAGCAUGGAAAAAAUCACAAGAAGAAAAGGAAAUGGCUGAGGCAAGACUAGAAGAACUCUUAAGAACCCAGAAAACUUUCCAAGAGGAACAGAAGAAGGCAGAAACGACAAUCAUAGAAGAAAGAGAGAGACUUCAAAAAAACAUUAAACAAUUUGAAGAAGUCCAGAAGAGAGCUCAGGAGGAACAGGAGAAGGCCCAGACAUCUCAGCAUGCUCUAGAGAUUGCCAAUGAACAGGCUCUAGAGCAACAGAAGAAGACUCAUUUGGCUGCCAUGAUGGAACAGGAAGAAGCACAGAAAAAAUCUGAGGAAGAAAAAAAAAUGGCUGAAGCAGCCCUAGAAAAUCUCUUGAAACAAGUAGAAAAGGAGCAAGAAACAGCUGAGAAAAAGGCAAUAGAAGAAAGAGAGAAAGCUAAGACAUUGCUAAAAGAAUUAGAAAUUGCUCAGAAGGAGGCCCUAGAAAAUAUAUUGACAGCUAAAAAGAAGAGUCUGGAAGAACAGAAAAGAGCUCAAAACGCUUUGGACAGCCUGGAAAGAACUCAAAAGCAGGCAUUAGAGGAACAAAGAGAUGCUCAAAGGAAAUCUCAGGAAGAAAGAAAAAUGGCUGAGGCUGCUUUGGAAGAAUUAUCAAGAGUUCAGAAAAAGAUCCAGGAAGAGCAGUAUUCAGCAGAGCAGAAAGCAAUUAGAGAGAGAGAGAAAGCACAGAAAGAGUUAGAAGAAUUAGAGAAUGCCCGGAAGAAGGCCAUGAAGGAACAGGAGAAAGCUCAAAAAACUCGGGAUGUUCUUGAAAGAGCUAAUAAGCAGGCACUGGAAGAACAGAAGAAAGCACUAAAGAAAAUUCAAGAGGAAAAAAGGCUGGCUGAAGAUGCUCUGCAAGAACUCUUAAGAACCCAGAAAACAUUCAAUGAAGAACAGGAAAAGGUUAAGAAGAAAACAAAGAAAGAAAAUGAGAGGACUCAGAAGAUUAUAGAAGAAUUGGAAGUUGCUCAGAAAAAAACUCAGGAAGAAGAGGAAAAAGCUCAGAAGGCUUUGGAAAGGGCUCAUAAAGAAAUCCUAGAGGAGCAGAAGAAAGUUCAGAGAGCUGCUAUGGAAGAACUGGAGCAAGCACGAAAAAAGUGUCAAGAAGAAAAGAAGAUGUGUGAGACAGCUUUGGAAGAACUCUUGGAGACUAAGAAAAAAUUCCAAGAAGAGCAGGAAAUAUCUAAGAUGCAAGUAAUGAAAGAAUUAGAGAAUGCACAGAAAGAGCUAGAAAAAAUAAAAAUAGCUCAAAAAGAGGCCUUGGAAAAAGAAGCGAAUGCUAAGAAAGCUCUGGCUAAUAUAGAAAGAGCUUACACUCAGGCCCUAGAGGAACAAAUGAAAGUGCAGCAAAAGUGUCAAGAUGGGAAAAAAAUGGCUGAGGCAGCCCUGGAUGAACUCUCAAAUGCUCAAAGACAAUAUCAAGAAGAACAGGAAAAAGCUGAGCAAAAAGCAACCAGAGAAAAAGAAAUAAUUAAUAUGAAACUAAAAGAAUUGGAGAUUGCUCAGACAGUGGCUCUGGAGAAAGAGGAAAAUGCUCAGAAAGCUUUGGAUGCUCUGGAAAAGGCUCACAAGCAGACCCUGGAGGAGCAAAAGAAAAAAAAGUUUCAAAAACAAAAAGAAAGAGCUGAAAGAAAAGCCAAGGAAGAAAGGGAAAAUGUGCAGAAGUCUCUAGAACAAUUAGCAGUUGCUCAAAAAAGAGCUCUAGAGGACUUGGCAAUAGCUCAAAAGAUGGCUAUGGAGGAAAAUGAAAGAACACAGCAGAGGGCAUUCGAAGAAAAAAGGGCAAUACAUCUGGCUAUGAAAAAGCUGGAGGCAGCACAUGCUAAAGCUAUAGAAGAACAACAGAUAGCACAGAGGCUGGCCUUUGCAGAGCAGCAGAGAACUAAGGAGAUGUUUGUUAACUUAGAGGAAUCACGAAGAAAAGCCCUUGAAGAUCAAGAAGAAGCAAAAAGGAAAGCUGUAGAUGAACAAGUAAGAGCUCAUCAUGCUAUAAAUGAAUUGGCCAAGAUACAAAGGGAAGUUUUGGAAGAACAAGAGCAAGCACAGAAGAUAGCUUUAGCAGAACAGCACAAGGCUGAGAUGAUGUUUAAGGAGCUAGAAGAAAGACAGAAAAAAGUCCUCAAUGAUCAACCGAGAACAUGGAUGAAGGACUUUGAUGAUAAAAAAAAUGCUCAUGUUACUUUAGGAGAAGUUGCAAACACUCAAAUGGUGGAACAGGUGAAUGUUCAUGCUAAUACAGUAGAUGAGCAGAAGGAAGCUCAUAAAGCUAGCAAACUGGAGAAAGCAAAGAAUCCAAUAUUGGAAAAAACACAUAAUAAACAUGCAGCACAAUUUUCUGAGUCUGUUCUAAAAACAGUGAAUGAAGAGGGCACUGCAGUAUGUGACAGUGAAUUUGAGGAAGCACAAAAGAAAGACUUGAUCAUUCUUGGUGGUAAAAAGUUCUAUAUGGAGCCAGGAAAAAUUCUUAGGGAUUUAGACAAGAAGGAAUGCCAGCAAUCCAUUAGGAACAGAGGAUAUGACAAGAAUUCUCGAAGACCACUCCCAAACUCUGUCUUGGACUUUUUCCCAAACUGA